AUGAAACAUUUUCUUGCUUUUCUGUGUCUACUGGGAACAUUUCUACGUGUCUCGGCUCAAUGCACUGCCCAAGCGUCAGAGUUUCAACUUGAAGGAGAUUAUUUGUUAGGUGGACUUUUUGACAUUCAUCAUGUCAGUGACCCCAUUUAUCAAGACAGACCAGAAGCCAGUGACUGCUCCAGCCAACCUUUCAUUCUGCCAAGCUAUCGAAGGUUUCAGUUGAUGAGAUUCUCUGUAGAGGAAAUCAAUAACUCCACCAGCCUCCUGCCAAAUGUAUCUCUCGGCUAUGAGAUAUUUGACCACUGCUCAGAGAGACACACUUUCCCAGGAGUUUUGAAACUCCUCUCAGUCAAUAACUUGAUCCAACCUUGGGGUGAACCAUACAAGAAUCUGUCCGAGGUGAUGGCACUGGUCGGCCCUUUUUCAAGCACUGACACUCUGACUGUAGCUCCACUGUUCAUGGUGGAUCUCAUUCCUGUGGUCAGUUAUGGAGCUGCGUCCUCUGCCUUUACAGAGAAAGCGAAAUAUCCCUCUUUUCUGCGAACAGUGCAUUCCAAUAAAGAUGUCAUAGAAGUGAUUGUUAGCAUCAUACUGCGCUUCAAAUGGCGCUGGGUUGCUUUUCUUAACAGUGAUGAUGCUUUUGGCAAAGAUGGACUUGAAAUGUUCAUCAGAAGGAUUAAGGAUACUGACAUCUGCCUUGCAUUCACCAAAGGUCUCAACGACAAUACAAAUGACUCCCACAUAUUCGAACACAUAGAGGCGCAGAAGAUAUACGUUGUCGUUGUUUUUGCUCCAAAACUGAGUGCUGAAGCUCUCAUUGAGUCAGCAAUGCAACUAAAUGUCACUAAAAGGGUGUGGAUAGCAGGGGACACCUGGUCCUUAAGCAAGAGGCUCCCCAAGGAGGAAGUGAUCAAAAGUAUUGGGACUGUACUUGGAGUGUCUCAGCCAGUGAUAAAAAUACCUGGUUUUGAUGAUUUUAUCCAUUCUUCUAGAAGCCAGGCUUAUUGUGAAAAGGCAGAACAAAAUAUGUUUUGUAAUCAGGCUUGCAAUUGCAGCAGCCUGAGUGCAGAAGAAAUCCUUGCUGUGGACCCAUCUUACUCUUUUCCUGUUUAUUCUGCUGUAUAUGCCAUCGCUCACGCCUUACACAAUGUCCUGCAAUGUGGAGCUGGCAGAUGCACAGACAAUAUUACAGUGUACCCACACAAGGUUCUUGCAGAGCUGAAGAAGUCAAACUUUACACUUUUAAACCACAAUAUUCGGUUUGAUGAGAAUGGUGACCCAACAUUCGGAUCAUAUUCUAUAGUUUUCUGGAACCACAGUGGUGAUGCGGAGGAGAUCGGCUUUUUUAAAUUCAACCCAUCAGUCAAUUUUUUCAUCAACGACAGCAAAAUUCAGUGGUACACAAACGGAGACGUGCCUACUUCACUGUGCUCCCAAGAAUGUCUUGGAGGAUAUGCAAAAAAGCAAGAUGGAAUCCACGAAUGCUGCUUCGUUUGUGAAAUCUGUGCGAAUGGAACUUAUCUCAACAGCUCAGAGGAUCCCUACAGGUGCAUCGCCUGUAAGGAGACAGAAUGGUCUGCAGAAGGAAGUACAUCAUGCAAUCUGCGGGUGGUGGAGUACAUCCCAUUCACAGACAGUGGGGCCAUACUGAUCAUGAUCGGGGCCUGGGCAUUGGUGGGCCUCACACUGGCCAUGUCUGUUCUCUUUGCCAUCAACUACAACACACCUGUUGUCAGAUCUGCUGGGGGACCAAUGUGCCUUCUGAUUUUAGGCUGCCUCAGUCUGUGUAGUCUCAGUGUGUUCUUUCACUUUGGUGAGCCAACAACCUCCUUCUGUAUCUUAAGGUUGUUACCAUUUNACCUCCCAAAAAACUACAAUGAGGCCAAAGCCAUAACCUUCUGCCUGCUCCUGCUGAUCCUCACCUGGAUCGUCUUUGCAACUGAAUAUGUACUUUACCGUGGCAAGUACAUCCAAACACUAAACGCUCUGGCAGUCCUCUCCAGUCUCUACUCCUUUCUGUUGUGGUAUUUCCUCCCGAAAUGUUACAUCAUCAUUUUUCAAUCCCACAGAAACACGCAGGAAUACUUCCAAGGUCUCAUUCAGAGUUAUACCAAAACAAUCAGCCAGUAG